AAAUCGUCUGAUUUCUUUAUAGCUAUUGCUGAACCUGUUUCCCGCCCUAAUUCCAUUCAUGAAUACAACCUUACCCCUCACUCUCUUUACGCUGCUGUUUCUGUAGGUCUACAAACUCAUACUAUCAUCUCUGUUCUCAACAAAUUAUCAAAAACUAACCUUCUCAAAGAGGUCGUUGAUUUUAUUCAAUCUUCCACCUCUAAUUAUGGUAAAGUAAAACUAGUCCUCAAGAAAAAUCGUUACUUCAUCGAAUCACCGUACCCGUUAGUAUUGAAAACGUUGCUCAACGAUGAUGUAAUAUCCCGAGCACGAAUUGCAAGUACAAUUGAAGAAGAGGAGGCUGAAUAUUCUUUUGAAAUUGACCCUGCACAAGUAGAAAGUGUAAAGCAACGUUGCUUACCGAAUGCCUUAAAUUAUCCUAUGUUGGAAGAGUACGAUUUCAGGAACGAUACUGUAAAUCCUGAUUUGGAUAUAGAGUUGAAAACUAACGCUCAGCCACGGCCUUAUCAAGUGAAGAGUCUUAGUAAGAUGUUUGGGAAUGGGAGAGCUAGGUCUGGUAUUAUCGUGCUUCCAUGUGGUGCAGGCAAAUCGUUGGUUGGUGUUUCAGCAGCUACUAGAAUUAAUAAGAGCUGUCUUUGUUUAGCUACAAAUGCAGUAUCUGUUGAUCAGUGGGCUUACCAAUUCCGUCUUUGGUCUACCAUUCGAGAUGAUCAAAUAUGUCGUUUCACUACUGACAGUAAGGAGCAAUUUGGCGGGGAUGCUGGAGUUGUGGUGACGACUUAUAACAUGGUUGCUUUUGGAGGGAAACGUUCUCGAGAAUCUGAGAAGCUUAUUGAACAAAUACAAAACAGAGAAUGGGGAUUGCUUCUUUUAGAUGAGGUUCAUGUAGUUCCUGCACAUAUGUUUAGGAAAGUUAUCAGCAUCACAAAAUCUCACUGCAAACUUGGACUUACUGCAACAUUGGUUAGGGAAGACGAAAGGAUUACCGAUUUGAAUUUCCUUAUCGGUCCUAAGUUAUAUGAGGCAAAUUGGUCUGAUUCAGCCAAAGGAGGAUUUAUUGCAAAUGUGCAGUGUGCUGAGGUCUGGUGUCCCAUGACUAAGGAGUUUUUUGCUGAGUAUUUGAAACAGGAAAAUCAUAGGAAGAGGAAGGCGUUGUACGUAAUGAAUCCUAAUAAAUUCAGGGCUUGUGAGUUUCUCAUCAGGUUCCACGAGCAGCAGCGUGAUGACAAGAUCAUAGUGUUUUCUGAUAACUUGUUUGCAUUGACAGAGUAUGCAAUGAGGCUUCGGAAGCCUAUGAUCUAUGGUUGUACCAGCCACGCUGAGAGAAUGAAAAUUCUCGAGGCAUUUAGAACUAAUCCUGAAGUGAACACCAUUUUUCUUUCAAAAGUGGGUGAUAACUCUAUAGACAUCCCUGAGGCAAAUGUGAUCAUUCAAAUUUCGUCCCAUGCUGGUUCAAGGCGCCAAGAGGCACAACGACUAGGCCGUAUACUCAGGGCAAAGGGGGCACGCCCUCAAGGGGGAUCAUCAGGGAUAGAAGAAUAUGAUGCCUUCUUUUACUCACUUGUAUCCACUGAUACACAAGAAAUGUACUACUCAACAAAGAGACAGCAAUUCCUGAUUGAUCAAGGUUACAGCUUUAAGGUGAUCACAAACUUGCCUCCACCAGACUCAGGGCCCGAGUUGAGUUAUUACCAUGUAGACAAACAGCUUGAGCUUCUUGGGAAGGUACUUAUUGCUGGCGAUGAUAUAGUUGGUAUGGAAGAAAUAGAAGAAGAAGAAGACUCCGAUGGAAAAGUCGCUAGUAGAGAAAAUCGUACAGUGGGAUCAAUGAGUACUUAUUCAGGAGCCAAAGGAAUGAUCUAUAUGGAAUACAGUGGAGGGCAGAAGAAACCUGGAGCUGGAGGACUUGUCCAGACAAAGAGCAAGCCCAAGGAUUUGUCCAAGAGACACGUUUUGUUCAAAAAACGCUACAUCUAA